AUUUCACUUUUCACUUUCUCUUUUCUCUCUCUCUCCCUCUCUCGAUCAUCACUCGACUAACUGUUGAUUGUAAUUUAGUUUAGUUACAAUUGUUAUAGUUUGUGGAUAUCCCAAGAAGCUAAUGAUGAUCAUCAACUGUAUUUGGCUACUUUUUUGAGUAUCUGGUUCAUCAACUUGUAUCAUCUUAUAACUUGGAUUGUCCGUUAAUUUUGUUUUAAACUUUUAUCUGUUAAUUUAUUUUGUUGACUUUCGAGUCAAUACUUGUCUAAUAGUUUAACCAAGUGCCAAUUCAUUGGAUUUCAUUCACGUCCAUUCAUCUUCUGGCUUUUUUCCCUCAGCUAUCUCCACUAGUAUUUAAUAUUUUUAAUAUGUGCGGCUAUUGUUUAACCAGUAAAGUGUCCAACUUUAGCGAAUCCCAAUUUAACCAGUUGAUUAACAGAUUGAUAAUCGAGCUUAACUAAGGACGAAUCAUCAUCGCUGGUUUUUUUGUUUUAAACCAAACGGAAUAAAUUGUUUCUAUUGAUCGAUAAAAAAAGGACAAAAUUCAACACUUUCACCUGAGAUCAAUCCAUCAUCAUGUCUUGUCUCGACCAUACCUUGUCUAGAAUGUUUACUCACAUUGGCCGCAACAUCGGUCAUAAUCCAGGUUAUUAUAUUAUCGUGCCUUUAUUGAUAUCAAUCAUAUUCACAACUGGAUUACAGAAGAUGCGUUAUGAAGAUGAUCCAGAAUAUCUUUUCAGUCCAACCGAUGGUGAAUCUAAACACGAAAGAACAGUUAUAGACAAUUUUUUCCCCAUGAAUUAUAGUCACAAUUUCAAUCUGGGCCGAAUGACCCAUAAAGGUCGAUUUGGUCGGAUAAUCGCAAUCGCCAAGAAUGAAGGAAAUGUUUUAAGGAAGACCAUUUUCGAUGAUAUCGUUCAACUUGAUAAAGCAAUUAAAAACAUAACCAUUAAAUUUGACGAUGAACCCUAUUCCUAUGAAACCCUGUGUGCCCGAAGUGAAGGUAAAUGCUUUGAAAAUGACAUACUAGACUUUGUCUCUCGAAUCGAAGACAUUGAAAGCCACAAAUUUUCCCUCAAAUACCCAUUAUGGAUCAACGCCGACAUCUACAAGGCCUACUUUUUCCCCGCUUACCUCGGCGGUGUAACUCGAGAUUCAAAUGAUCUCAUCGAGAAUGCUAAAGCAAUCAGUAUGAUGUACUGGCUUGACAUUAGUCAAAAACACGGAGACGCUAAAGCAGCAAUCUGGGAAGAAGCUUUUCUCGCCGAAGUUCAAAAGAUGUCCUUCAAGCACAUUGAAGUCGCCCGAUUUGUAUCAACCACUCUUAAAAACGAACUCGAAUCAAACACCCAAAGUUUGGUUCCUUUCUUCUCCGUUACGGUAAUCAUUAUGCUAAUCUUUUCCGUUGGAACCUGCAUGAUGGCUGAUUGGGUUCGAUCCAAGCCAUGGUUAGGACUUUUGGGUUGCGUUUCAGCUGGAAUCGGUGUUCUAGGUGCCUUUGGUCUUUGCUCAUACAUAGGUGUUGACAUGAUUGGAAUCAAUUUAGCUGCUCCUUUCCUAAUGCUGGGAGUUGGGAUGGACGAUGCUUUUGUGCUGCUGGCUUCAUGGAGACGUACCAAUCCUGAUUUGCCUGUUGCUGAGCGACUCGCAGAAACUUAUGCUGAGGCUGCUGUUUCAAUUACAAUAACAUCUUUAACCAAUUUCAUCUCAUUCUUGAUAGGAACUUAUACACCUUUUCCAUCGGUUAGGAUAUUUUGUAUCUACACUGCAGUAGCUUGCUUAACAACAUAUGUUUUUCACAUAACCUUUUUCGGAGCUUGUAUGGUUUAUUUUGGACGAGCGGAGAAGCGCAAUUUACACGGACUUGUUUGUAUUCCUGUGAUGCCCAAAUCAUUAGCAAAGGAUAAAGGGUUCUUGUUUCGUCUUUUAUGCACUGGUGGUCGUAAUCAAGAUGAUCCUGAUAACCCAGAAGAUAAUGAAGAACAUGCAAUGAUGCUUUUCUUCCGUGAUACACUUGCUGCUGCCUUGAACCGUCCAAUUAUCAAAUGUUUGGUCAUAUUCAUCUUUCUAAUUUAUCUUGCCAUUGGAAUCUAUGGUUGUACUGAGCUAAAAGAAGGAUUGGAUCGUCGUAAAUUAUCUCGAGAUGAUUCUUAUUCAGUUGCCUUUUAUGAUUACGAAGACAGAUUUUUCCGUGAAUAUCCAUAUCGUAUUCAAGUUGUUAUCAAUGAUACGCUAAACUAUGCUGAUCCACGGGACCAAGAAAAGGUUGAAAAAAUGUUGUCCACUUUUGAAUCAUCACCUUAUGUUGGUAAUCGUUCAAUGACUGAAUCCUGGCUUCGCGCGUACCUUGAAUUUCUUAACCAAGAGGACAGUUUCUUGUUCCUACAAGCUCUAAAUGUAUCUGAAAAGGGUGACUUUUACCGUGGACUUCGUGACGUUUUCCUUAAAUUUCCGAUGACGGAAGCUUUUCGAAAUGAUGUUGUCUUCAAUGAAGAUGGAAGUGAAAUAAUUGCUUCAAGGUUCAUGAUUCAAACCCAUAAUAUUAAAGACGCUAACAUGGAGAAAGACAUGUUGAUCGCAUUAAGAAGCUUGGCGUCCCAAUCAUCACUCAACGUAACCAUUUUCCAUCAGCUGUUCAUCUUUUUCGAUCAGUUUAUUUUGGUCCGAGAAAUAUCAUUACAAACAAUUACAGUCGCUGCAAUUGUCAUGAUGGUUAUCUCAAUGAUGUUCAUUCCCUCACUAUCAUGUGCAAUCUGGGUUGCCUUUUCAAUCAUUUCAAUUGAAGUCGGCGUCAUCGGGUACAUGACUCUUUGGAACGUUAAUCUUGACUCAAUCUCUAUGAUUAACUUGAUAAUGUGUAUCGGAUUUUCGGUUGACUUUUCAGCCCACAUUUCCUAUGCAUACAUUUCCUGUGGUGAACCAACAGCCGCUGAAAGAGUACGUACAGCACUUUACUCACUGGGUUUACCCAUUUUCCAAGGAAGUGUUUCAACCAUUUUGGGAAUUAUUGCUCUCGCCUUCGCACCAUCAUAUGUAUUCCUUGUUUUCUUCAAAACCGUUUUCCUGGUAAUGCUUUUCGGAGCCACUCAUGGUGUCCUCCUUUUACCAGUCUUGCUUUCCCUCACUGACCUAUGUCGUCCACAGUCUAAAAAUAAAUCGGCUUCACCGGCGUUGACACAAGGUUAUCCUGGUUUGGACUUGACUGGAGUUCCUCAUCCAUUUUUAAUAUCGGACAAAACAUUUGAUGGUAAAAAGAUUACAGCUUCUGUUAAUCCAAUUUUCAUACCACGGCCAAGUCUAACCGGUGCAGCAGAUAUUACCGGCAAUUUACAUCCUGGCUCUGGUAUUGUUGAUGAAGAUUCUGGUGCUGGUUCAAAGAGCUCUGCAAGUUCAGAGGCUUCGGUUGGAGUUAGGGAUAGAGACUAUGGUUUGGGUACUUCUGGUGAAGACUGUUCUGAAGGUUCAUGGGGUAAAGAUAAAUCACCCGACAACAGUAAACAAAUGGUUGUUACUUCCAGUGAAACUUGUACCAAUCUAUCGUCUGGGUUAGUCAAAAGUUCAAAUGGAGCAAAUUUAAAUAGACAUUUAUACAGCAGAUGGCCACCUAGUGGUAAAGAUCACGUCAACCAUGGUUAUGUCAGUGAUUCAGGUGAUCUAGACAAUUAUGAUCCACCUUUACCAGUUAUCUCUCAUAUCCAUGGCCACUUUAAUGAUGUUGACCGUAGAUCACUUACAUCAUCUGGAACCUAUGCAGUUAACAGUGCAUUCAAUCGAUCCGCGAUUAAUAGACUAUCAGCUUAUCAUGAUGGCUCACCAGCUGAUCGUAACUCAUCAACAGGAUGGUCAAGACAAUUGAUCACAACUCCAAUGACCAAAGGAUCUAGUAAUAUAAAUAAUAAAUCGAUUGAUGAUAAUUUAACUGAGAGACAAAUUAAACAUCGGUCUGGAACCGGUUCACGAGAAUCAAAUAGCUCUAAUCAUUAUCCAAAUCAUAAUCAAACUUCAACUGGUCAAGUAACAAGCAAUUCAAAAUUACGGCUUAAGAAUGGUGAUUUAAAUAAGGAAAAAUUUACCAAAUCAUUUUUAAAAGAUGAUUUUAAUAAUAGUAAAUAAGCUAACCAUUGAUCUGGUUGAGAAAAUUUUGUAUCACCUAUUGUAAAGCAUACAAAAUGAAUUGGAGCCCAAUUUACUCAAAGUCAAUUGAUGUUUAGUUAAUUGUUAUUUAACGACAAAACAAUGGCUUUUAUUAAAAUCAACUCAAAUUGUUACACAAUUAUGAUUUAACGGGAUAAAAAGCAACUCUAUUAAAGAAACUAUUCAAUGUGUUUCAUUAAUAAAUUAUCUCAAUGAAAUAUUAACAUUGAGGAUAAAUUUUGUUAAUUAAUCUUAUCUUUAACUCAUUGUAAAUCGUAUUAAUUACCACAUCUUUAUACAUCAUCAUAUUCAUCGUCUUUUACCUGACGCUUUAAUCAUCAUAUUCAUAAUUUGCCUUAAAAUUAAAACCCUAAUCCAUUAAUAGUAAAAUGACUAAAUGAAGAUAACAUUUGAUGAACAGUUUACCCAAUUAUAAGUCAAUUUAUCUGUUAUUUCAAUCAAAAAACAACUGUAAUUCUUCAUUUCAAUUGUGAUUUUCUGCGUUUAUUUUAAAAUUUAUUUUUUCGAUUAAAGUGCCAAUUGAAGAGACAUUGUUAACCU